CCCAGGUAGGGAGGAGGCGGGCAGCGCGCGCGGGGGCCGGGCCAGUCGCAGGCGGGCAGCGCGCGAGGCGGGUGCGUCGCGUCUGGUCUCCCUGCAGCAGCAGCAGCAGCAGCAGCAGCGUCUUGCUCCUCGUCCUCGUCCUCCGCUCUCCGGCUCAGGCGCUGCAGCCGCCGCCGCGAUGGUGCCGUGCUGGGCGCUGCUGCUGCCGGCGCUGCCGCUGCUGCUGUCUCCCUGCCCGGGGGCGCGGGCUCAGCAGCAGGCCGUGUGGACCGCCUGGGUGAACGUCUCCGGCUGGCGGCCCGGCGGCGGCGGCGGCGGCCGCAACGAGACCUUCUGGAGCGCCAGCGAGAGCGGCGUCUUCGGGCAGGACUCCCCGCUGCGGCCCUGCGCCGGCCGCCUGGUGCCGCCGGACAGCCCCGAGGGCUACAACGCCUGCCAGCCGCAGGCCACCAACUUCAGCCGGGCGCCGCCGCCGCCCGCCCCGUGGCUGGCCCUGCUGCAGCGCGGCGGCGGCUGCACCUUCGCCGAGAAGAUCCGCCUGGCCGCCCGCCGCGGGGCCGCCGCCGCCGUCAUCGCCAACUACGCCGGCGGGACGGGCAACGACGUCCAGCCCAUGACCCACCCGGGUACAGGAGAGACCGUUGCCAUCAUGAUCAGCUACUCCAAAGGCCAAGAAAUCCUUCGCCGGAUUGGUGAGGGCUUCCAAGUGAGGAUGGUGAUUGAAGUGGGGAAGAAACACGGAUCAUGGAUAAAUAACUACUCCAUCUUCUUCGUUUCUGUCUCAUUUUUCAUCGUCACGGCAGCCACUGUUGGGUACUUCAUAUUCUAUUCUGCCCGAAGGCUUAGACUGGCAAGAGCUCUGAACAGGAGACAGAGGCGGCUAAAAGCAGAUGCCAAAAAAGCCAUUGGACGCCUCCAGCUCCGCACGUUGAAACAGGGAGACAAGGAAACUGGUCCUGAUGGAGAUAGUUGUGCUGUGUGUAUUGAAGUGUACAAACCAAAUGAUGUUGUGCGGAUUUUAACAUGCAACCACCUCUUCCAUAAGAGUUGCAUUGAUCCAUGGCUGCUGGAACACAGGACCUGUCCCAUGUGCAAAUGUGACAUCCUCAAGGCUCUGGGGAUUGAGGUAGAUAUAGAAGACGGAGCAGAGUCUGUCCAAGCCACUGUGUCCAAUGAAACCUCUAACAUCCCUUCACUUACCGAGGAAGAUAAUCGUAGCGAGACGGCAUCGUCUGGAUAUGCUUCUGUACAGGGAACUGAUGAACCAGCUCCUGAGGAAUCUGCUCCUUCAGAGAGCGACAAUCUCCGUCUUGUGAACAAUGCAUCCCAACCUCCAGCUGUAAAUGUACUCCCGCAUCUUGACAAUCCAGGUUUUGAGGCAGAUGAAGAACAAGCCCGUGCGGCAAAGUCCUAAACUGUUGCAACACAACUGCUGGCCACUUGGCCUACCAGCAAUUCCAACGCCCAGAAGACUGAUGUAACAGCAACGUUGCCUUGAUGAUCUUGCGAGGAAAAUGACACAAUUUAAGAUUGCAAUUACAUGAAGUGCCCGUUAACUUCCUUCCUUGUGGAAUUAGUUUUAGUGCUCUUCAAGCGCAGAUGUUUCCGUGCGACCAAGGAAGAAAACAUGUUAAAACCGAGCCAUCUGAGUAAACCACUUUUUCAUGCAGUAGAACUUCAUUCAAAGUACAAUGUAUGUUUGUGUUCAUCUUUAUUUUUUUCCCUAAAGUCUUCUGGUUUUAAAUUGUCCUAAUUUAGAUAGCUUUUUUGAGGUUUUGCUUUAUGUAACCACUAAGGGUGUAUUUCUUUUCAGCACUGGUCUAGGCUCAUGUGUUUUUCUAUAACCAACACAGUGGCCUUAUUUUUAAUGUAGCACCUGUGGCUGUGUUAAGCUGUUCUGACUAAACAGCAGCCGAAGCCACCUGUCAGGCAGACCCAGAAUUUUUCGCACCUCGUUUCACCUGAUUGGAGCAAGUUAAAACUUGGGGGAGAAAAUGCACAUUCCAAAAACAAGCUGUGCUUGAAUGAAAAAAAAAAUCAGAUGUCUUUAAUUUGCACAUUUUGCAGGCAGGAAGAGUGAUGUGAAGGAGUCUACCCUGUCUGGGUUACUGUGAACUGCUUUGCAGUUCCGAUGGUGCAAACGCUGUUGCAUAACCUAGGAAUCUGUCCAGUUCUAGAUAUGGCUGCUUCCCGCUUUUUCAGGGGGCUGGAGAUCUGUCACUCAAAGGGAACUUUUUUGCUGCUACUCUGAAGGAACAGUUGAAUAAAGGAUUCCCAAAGAAUGCUGUUGAUAUUCAGAGCUCAUAGUGUGAGGAUAUGGCUAAAAUGGCAAUUAAUGGAUGGGUAAAUAUUUUUCUAAUAAUGUGGGAGGUGGGGUUUCUGAUUUGGGCAUAAGAGUAAAACAAAGUUACCCUGCCAUGAAGCCUGGAGCCUCACCCACCAAAGUGAACUACUACAUCGAAUAAUGCACUUUAUCUUUUGUUUGUGUCUUCUGUGGUUCUGAUUCUCAUUGCAGGUUCUAGCCCAAGUGUGGCCUCAUGACAGCGAUUAUGUGUUUUUAACUUUUCCACUUGAAUCUAACAGGAGAAAAUGGUACAUUUCCCCUCCCCCCUCAUUAUUGCAUAGUUUGUGAUAAAGUUGUAAAUAUUUGAUUUCUAAUUAAAAAAAUGCAGUUGAAUAUGAAGUGUAAAUAAAGCUAUUCUAAUGCUUGUCUAGGAUGUUGACUUAUUUUUGAUAAUAAAAGCAGUUGUGUAUCAACUCA